GUCCGCAAGUGGGUGUCGCGUUGAUCAUUCGCGCAAUUGUAUUUUAGGAGAUACACGCAAAUAAUCCUUUAUAAAAAACCAAACUGGAAUAUUCUGGAAAAGCUGAAAUGUUACAUUUUCUCGUAACCAGAGCGAGGAGGGUGUGAUCGGCACGCACGCUGCUUUCCCCCCACACCAUGCAUGUCAACAAGAGGUCGCCACUAAAAUGGAUGGCAUGGACUUGAAAGCAGCCACGUCGACGAUGGACGCUUUAAUUCGCGUCAGUUCCAACAUGAAGAGCCUGGAGCACGAGUUGCACUGCCCCGUCUGCAAGGACAUCGUCAGGCAGCCCGUGGUGCUGCCUUGCCUUCACAGCGUGUGCCUCAUGUGUGCCUGCGAGGUGCUGGUGGCCAGCGGCUACCCGCCGCCGGAGCUCCCCGCCGAGCCCAACUCGCCCGCCUCCACGCCCAACACGCGCUCCCCGCGGCAGCUCCGCAGGCCCACGCCAAAAGCCGAGCAGCGGCCCAUCGACCGGGUACUGCGGGCAGGUCCCCACCCGCCGUCACCAUCCAUGCCCCGCUCUCCGGGAUACCUGGGGCGCCGCCGCAAAGAGGGCCCGCCGCCCUUGAUUAUGAUGUUCCCCUGCGUCCCCUGUGGACGGGACGUGGAGCUCGGGGAGAAAGGCCUCACCGACUGCCUGCGUAACCUCACCUUGGAGCGCAUAGUGGAGAGGUACCGACACACGGUGAGCCUGGGCAUUGUGGCCGUCAUGUGUCAGUUCUGCAAACCCCCGCACGCCCUGGAGGCCACCAAGGGCUGCGCCGACUGCAGGGCCAACUUCUGUAACGAGUGCUUCAAACUCUACCACCCGUGGGGGACGCCGCGGGCGCAGCACGAGCACAUCCUGCCCACGCUCAACUUCAGACCAAAGGUGCUGACGUGCACGGAGCACGACCAGGAGAAGCUACAGUUCUACUGUAGGACUUGUCAGCGGCUGCUCUGUCCGCUCUGCAAGCUGCGACGUGUGCACACGGGACACAAGAUCCUACCUGUUGCCCAGGCAUACCAAGCUCUAAAGGAGAAGAUUACAAAAGAGAUGAACUACAUUCUGUCCAACCAGGACACGGUUCUGUCUCAGAUUACACAGCUGGAGAGCGCCAUCACUCAGACGGAGGUGAACAGCGUGUCCGCCAGAGAGCAGCUGGCUCAGAGCAUCAGGGACCUGACGGCGGCUCUGGCCGAGCGCCACGCCUCGCUCACCCAGGCCCUGGAGGCGGCGCGCCAGAAGCGAGGCGAGGCGCUGGGCUCUCAAGUGGCCGAGCGCCGCAGCUUGCUGGAGCACGCCGGGCUGGUGGCCUUCACGCAGGAGCUGCUGAAGGAAACAGACCAGCCCUGUUUUGUGCAGGCUGCACGCCAGACGCAUAACAGGUUCAGCAAGGCUAUAGAAAACCUGCAGCACUUUGCUCUGGCUGCAGAUCCGUCUUUCAGGCACUUCCAGCUGGAUGUCUCCAAAGAACUCAAAUUGCUCACAGAACUGAAUUUUACACGAGCUCCUCAGGCCCCAGUCCUAGACACCCAGCAUUCCUUGGCCUAUGACCAGCUCUACCUGAGCUGGCGCCUUCCGCCUUCCUCCGCGCCUGCCUGGCACUUCUCUGUGGAGUAUCGCCGCCGGGGGGUGGUACCCGGCGGCUCGUCCAGGUGCGGCAACAGAGGGGGGCUGGUGGCCGCCGCUCGCUGGGGCUGGCAGCGGCUGGACGAGGUGAGCGGCAUGAGCGCCGUCAUCGACCGGCUGGAGAUGGACAGCGUGUACGUGCUGCGGGUGAGGGGCUGCAACAAGGCGGGCUACGGCGAGUACAGUGAGGAGGUGUACCUGCACACCCCUCCAGCACCAGUGCUCAACUUCUACCUGGACUCCCGUUGGGGUCUCCACGCCGACCGCCUGGUGGUCAGCAAGGAGCAACGGGCGGCACGCAGCGUCCCCGGUCUCUCCCUGUUGCAGGCGGCCGACCACGCGCUCACUACCUGUCACAUGACCGCCGACCUCUUGGUGGGGGACGUGGCCAUCACGCAGGGGAGACACUACUGGGCGUGCUCAGUGGAGCCCGGGUCUUACCUAGUGAAGGUUGGUGUUGGUUUGGAGUCCAAACUCCAGGAGUGGUUUCAUCUUCCAGAGGACAUGGCUAGUCCCCGCUACGACCCGGACAGCGGCCAUGACAGCGGUGCAGAAGACGGCGUGGACUCCGCCCCGCCCUUCUGCUUCCUCACCAUGGGCAUGGGUAAGAUCUACCUGCCCCAGCACACCAACCACCACCACCACCACCACCACAACGGACAUCGCUCCGACCCCAACGGCAACGCCCCGUCCGCCCCGGCGGGCCUCACCUACCCGCUGCCGCCCCGGCUAGGCGUGUGCCUGGACUUCGAGAAGGGUCGCGUCACCUUCUACGACGCCCACUCCCUGCGCCCCCUGUGGGAGGGCCACGUGGACUGCUCGGGCCCCGUGUGCCCCGCGUUCUGUUUCAUCGGCGGCGGGGCGCUGCAGCUCCAGGAGCUAGUGGCCAACCGCAGUGCGGAUCAGACGCCCGUGAGGAGGGUGACCAUCCAACCGCGCCUCGUCUCCAAUUUGAACAACAACUGAUUUGGAAUGUUAACAAUUUCUAGCAACAAAUAUGCAAUGUAAUUAAGUUUCUAUUUGCAAGACGCGCCGCUUUAGUAGUGUUAGGUGUACCCGACACUAUAUUUGAUGCUUGCACUUGUCGCCUGGCUGUCUUAUUUAUUUAUUUAUUUAUAACGCCAAUGUCCGUAUCGCACCACUCUUGCCAUCCCAUGUCCUUAAAUGUUCAAUUUAUGUGCUUUGUUUAAAAACGUGAGUAAAAGUGCAUCUGUAACAACCAAUCCUCCAAUCCUAUUGUUUAAAUGUGGUCUGUUAGGGGGAAGGAGAGGCAGUAGAGUUGAAUUAGAAGCUCCAAUUAUACCUCUGGAACGCAGCUAAUCGCUAGUUUCAAUGGUUGUGUUUGUGUUUUGUGAUUCUAAUACAUGUCCCUCCUCCGCACAUGAUUGUUUAAAACAUUGUCCAACAGCCGGUUUCUUAACACCCUUUAAUUGUAAAAAAAAGAAAAAAAAGUUUUUAUUAUGAAGUAAACAAACACCAUUUUUGUUCUUGUGAAUAGAUUCAAACCACGCUAACUUUCACCUGCUGGCAGAAUGUUUUCAAAAGAAAAUGUAUUAAAAAAACAGAAUAGAUUGCAAAAAAAAA